AUUUUGGUAAAAUCAGUCUUGUAUCUUUAUCUGGGAAACACAAAAAAGAACCCGAAGGAAUCUGACAAACGGAAACAACUGUGGUUUUGAGGUUGAAAAUCCUGAGAAAGUCUUAAAAAAAGAAACUUUAGAAAGAAAAAUGAGAAAGGAAGCAAAUCUCUAACAGUGAAUUCAGCUACCGCAACGGAGCAGCAGAGGCAACAACAGCGGGAGAUUGUUCUUUUUAUGGAUCUUUUAUUUUGAUCUAUUCGGUUUUUUUGGACGCUCAACACUGUGAAUUGGACAAUUGAACUUUUUCUGUUACUUUUGCUUAUUUUGGUUCUCCAGAUCGAUGCCCAGAUCUUGUUACCUUUUGAUCCAGCUGAAUUAUCUCUCUUAGCUGAAGGGGAGAUUGAGUGGCAACGGAAUGGGUUGGAUUAUCUCAGUGGUGGAUUUCUAGUUCUGGCUUGAAAUUGUUUUGGUGGUUUCUCUUCAUUUUGUCUCCGCAAAUUGUGAUUCUUUUCUAUUGUAGUUGCUGCUUUUGCUUUGCAAGGAGUGUGGGUCGAGUGUCUGAAUAGGAGAUAUCAUACGCCAUUUAAGUAAUGAUCAAACAGAUACUCAAUAGGUUCCCAAGGAAGCCAUCUAAAUCAUCUGAAAAUCGUGAGGGAGGGGGUACCUCUACUUCCGCAUCAAAUGCUUCUACCAGCCCAAGAAACAACGAUUUAUCUGGAAAUCGUUAUGCAAACACUGCUACACCAUUAGCAGGGUUUAAUUCAAACCCAAAUCUUGGAUCAAAUUAUGGCAAUAAACUUUCUCAAGCGAUUAAUCCAAAGCUGAAUGGGAGUCAGCCUGCUCCUUAUGAGGCCUUGCCUAGUUUCAGAGAUGUUCCAAAUUCUGAGAAGCAGAACUUGUUUAUCCGAAAGUUGAACUUAUGUUGCAUUGUGUUUGACUUCACCGACCCUACUAAGAACUUCAAAGAAAAGGACAUCAAGCGACAAACAUUGGUAGAGCUUGUGGACUACGUUUCUUCUGCAAAUGGGAAAUUCUCCGAAACUACAAUGCAAGAAAUGGUUAAGAUGGUGUCCACAAAUUUGUUCAGAAUACUCUCUUCUCCACCUCGGGAGAACAAAGUUUUGGAAGCCUUUGAUUUGGAAGAGGAUGAGCCUUCAAUGGACACUGCAUGGCCUCAUUUGCAAGUUGUGUAUGAAUUUCUUCUGAGGUUUGUUGCAUCACCUGAGACAGAUGCGAAAUUGGCUAAGAGGUACAUUGAUCACGCUUUUGUUCUCAAGUUGUUAGAUCUUUUUGAUUCAGAGGACCCUAGAGAGAGGGAGUAUUUGAAAACAGUCCUGCACCGUAUCUAUGGGAAAUUCAUGGUACAUCGACCAUUCAUCAGGAAACAAAUUAACAACAUCUUUUAUCGCUUUAUUUUUGAAACUGAGAAGCAUAAUGGGAUUGCAGAGCUAUUGGAGAUUCUGGGAAGUAUAAUCAAUGGGUUUGCCCUCCCUUUGAAAGAAGAGCACAAGCUUUUCCUUGUCCGAGCACUCAUUCCAUUACAUAAACCAAAAUGCUUACCCAUGUACCACCAGCAAUUAUCAUAUUGCAUUACACAGUUUGUGGAGAAAGACUGCAAGCUUGCUGAUACAGUUAUACGAGGGAUGCUAAAAUAUUGGCCAAUUACAAAUAGUUCAAAAGAGGUCAUGUUCUUAGGUGAACUGGAGGAAGUUUUAGAAGCAACACAGCCUGCUGAGUUUCAGCGCUGCAUGGUACCCUUGUUCCGCCAGAUCAGCCGUUGCUUGAGCAGUUCACAUUUUCAGGUGGCAGAGAGGGCCUUGUUUUUAUGGAACAAUGAUCACAUUGAGAACUUGAUCAAGCAGAAUCGCAAAGUUAUACUACCAAUCAUCUUCCCUGCCUUAGAGAGAAAUACAAGACAGCAUUGGAAUCAGGCAGUACAAAGCUUGACGCUAAAUGUUCGCAAGAUCUUCUCUGAUAUUGACCUGGAUCUAUUUGAGGAGUGCCUGCUCAAGUUUCAGGAAGAUGAAACACGGGAGAAGGAGAUGAAGGUGAAACGUGAAGUCACCUGGAAACGCUUAGAAGAGAUUGCUGCAGUGAAGGCUACAACUAACGAGCCGGUGCUUGUCUCCCCAAAAGUGAUGGCACGUGCACUAUCUGGCUAAAUAGUUGGAAAGUCUCACCAGCAUUUGAUUUGGUUCACGGUUGGUGUGCAAUGCAAACCACAGAUGGAGGUGGUGACUGAAGAAGUGGAAUAUAAAAUUAAUUGAUUCCCUUGCAUACUCACCGCCUUCAGAAUUUUUGGUUUGCCAUCUAUAGAGCACAAUGGUGGGGGUGCCAUUGUUGCCGGAAAAAAAAAAAGAUAAAAGAAAGGAAAAGGAAAGAAAUCCCAUUUUGGUUAUCCUGGAGCACUGCACCAGUUGAUAAGGAAAUGGGUUAGAGAAUAUAUGGAGCAGGUUCUGUGAGUAAAAUUGAGGUGGUGAUAUGUUUAAUGUGUAGAAAGGUGACAGAGACCUUGAACUCGUUGUACAAUUGUUUAUUCCUUCUGCUUUUAAUGAAAAGUAUGCCCAUGUGCUUGAACAAA